AUGGGAAGAUCGAAGAAAUCAAAAAGGGUUAAUUGGGCUUCAGAUGUUAAUCUUUGUCAGGUAAGGCUGUUUUUGUCAGAAGAAUAUCCUUCACAAGUUGGCGUUGAAACUCAAGACCACCUCCAGGCAAAGACUUUAUGGUCAGUCCAUACAGGCGGUAUCGCAUCUGAUGACAAUUUGCCACCCGGCUUUGAAGGGCACCAGCCUGGAAAUCUUUGGAGAAAUAAGUUGUCCCAACUACCUCUUAUCAAAUGGAGAUGCCCUCCCAGAUUUGAAGUGGACGGUGUGUGGAGAGUGGUUGCUGGGGAUGAGAGUAAAGAAGUGGAAGCUCAAAAUCAACGGGAGAUGAGAGUGUUUGAAGCAAUUUAUCCUCGUCUGUCGUCUAUUCCUCCAAACCCUUCGGUAUCACUUGGCAUAGAAGACUCAUUUCAAAAUGACCAAAAUACCAUUCUGAUUCCUAUCACUGCCAUUGAGGAUGAUGAUGCUGCACUAGAUGCACCACUUCCCUGCUUGGAGUCAAACACUGCCCCCAUGGCCUCACAGCCACAGAUAUUGGCCCACAGAACUUCCUCCUCUCAGGUUAGCAGCGGUACUGAUCCCCAUGCCUAUAAAAUCCCAGAAACAGGUGAAGACUCUUUACUGCAGCCUGAUAUUGUAGCCACUGCACAAGCUGCCUUGACUGCAGUGAUGUCGAAAAACAAUCAGGGAAAUUUGAUUGAUCAUAACUUGCUCAUUAAAAUUCUCAGCGAUCCUAAAAUGAUUGAGAAACUUGUUACGAACCAUGGAACAGCCUCCAGCACUCAAAAUGUACCUUCAUCCAGCAUUCCAAAUAUACCUCCCACUGGUGUGCAAAAUAUUCUGUUUUCCAGUAAUAUGCCAUCAACCAGCAUGCAUAAUUUUCCCUCUUCUAGCACAAUAAAGUUGCCUAAUUCAUAUUCCAGUACUAUCAAUGGUCGGGAUCCACCUUCUGCCCAUGUUGCCCGACCAGAACUCGUUUCAUCUCCGGCUACAUCAAGUCGACCUUUCUUUUCUCCAAGUAGGAUAGGACCGAUUCCCCCAAUCCGGCCAUCAGUGCCCGAGAUCAUUCUAGCACCCCCUCCAUCUGCAAGACCUCCCGUAGUUAAGGACGUUAACUAUUAUAAGAAUCUCAUUCAACAACAUGGAGCAGAACGACCAGAGGGGUUACCCCAAUUUGGUAAUCAACGAUUAGGCACAAUCCAAGAACCUCUAAAUGUUGCCAAAUCUAGGGACCCAAAAUUAAAGAUUAUGAGGCCUUGCAUAUAUUUCAAUAGUGCAAGGGGUUGCAGGAAUGGAGCUAACUGUGCAUAUCUGCAUCAGACAUCGUCCCAGCCGCAGGUCGGUAGAGUUCCAGAUGUUCAAAGUACAAAGAGAAUGAAAAUGGAUAGAGAGAUUACUGGUACAUAA